AGCAUAGAAAAGACCCAAAAAGUCAUGCACAUUACCUACGGGAUUCAUAAUAGCUAUUUGACUAGAUAGUUCAAUGUCCACAUUUUGUGCACAUAGAGGCGCUUAUGGAUGAAAACACCUAAUAAAACGACGCGAUGACCGCUCUCAGGUUCCUCUCUGGUAUCAGAAACCGUGAAAAAAAUGAAGUCAGCAAGAAACGCGCUUUUUUCCAACUACUUCAAAUAGAAACGCAUUUGUGUGAACGGGACUUAAUACACACAAUCCGCCAGGUUGACAGAUGGACGGCAACUGUGCAACAGCGAUUUGUUGCAGAAUUGCAGAUAACCUCCAUCGGAGGUUAACCUUCCGUUAUCGAUAACUGCAAACUGGCACGGGCUAGAAAACCAAAUAACAUUUGGAAUUGACUAAGAAAAGAAGAAUUCAGCAUAUUUAUGACCGUUCCAACUUCUUUGGUAAGCUUACCUAUUAGAAAAUAUAAAUAGGCGUGCCAAAUAUCUGAUCACAGAUCAGAUACAUUUAAUCUCAUUAAAAUAAUAAUUUACAUGGAGAGAGUUUCGACAAUUUAACCGUGAUGUCACGGAGUAUCAUUCUCUAUGUAUACUUUUGAAAUUUCUACAAAAAUCAAAAUGGAACAUCGAGAAAAGGGAAAACAAGAUUUAUAAAUAGAAAAGGAAAAAACCAAGUUUGACAACUGCCCAAAGUAGCAAAUUCAUAUCUGUUAUUUGAACUAAAGAUCCAAUUGUAAACAAGAGAUGGCGGAGAAUAACACUGUCAAAGUAGUAAAAGAUGGGGAGAGCAGUGUGGACUUAAGUCGUUACUUGAACAGUGCGCCGCCCACGAUUCUCGACGAGAUUGUCGCGUUUCAGAAGCCCAGCUUGUUCGACAUACAAUCGGAUCUCCCUGUGAGUCGAGUCUCCGAUUAUAAUCCUUUGGAUUCCAAUGAGACAUCCAGGCUGGGCGGCAUCUUUGACGCGGACUCCCUGCACGCGUCGACGUCCUCGUUGCUCGCAGACGCCGCGGUUGAACGGAUCGAGCACAGCGCGUUGAAUGACGUUUACAGGGACGCGUGGAUACCAUCGGAACAUACGCGCAAGAUCCUGGGAUCUAUCGCGACCACGGCGACCGGCACAAGUCACCUGGAUCGCGAGAACCUUACUAUGCCCGGGUUGGCGGUGCAGGGCGACAUGCCCGAUCUGAUCAAGAACGCUGCCGUCCAUUUCCUAGGCGAGGACGAGAAUAUCCAUCGGAACGUGCUCACGGCGUCCGACGUGACGCAGGACGAGCGCGGUCUAAGGAAUCUGAUACAGGCCGGCUGCUAUCGCGCGGCGGUCAAUCUGUCCGGCAGAUUGCUGGCGAUCUAUGCCCAGGGCUAUGGCAAGAUCAAUCAGCCAAGCAAGCACACGCCUCACUCCUUGCAGCUCUGGUACACACGGCUGUCGCUGCUGGCCAAAUUGCGGCAGAUAGACGUGCUGGAGAACGAGUCGCGACCGUUCGGCAAUCUCGACAAGCCCGACAUGUACUUUACCUUCUAUCCGGAACUGUACGGCACUAGACGCGGCUCCAUGGCGUCGUUCGCGUUCCGAUUACUGCUGGCAGAGAUCCCGUCUUACUACGGCAAACCGAAGCAAGCGUUGGAGAACUUGUAUAGACUGCUGGCGACCAUUAAUCAAAUUAUAGCCAAUUUCCGAGCUGGUCUCUCUCCUUCGAGCACCGAGGGGAUGAAGAAUGCGAAGAUCAGCGAGUCCGAUCAGCAGGACGCCGUCAGAUUGUGGACCGCCAGGAAAUCUCGAAUCCUGGUCUCUGUCGUUAACUGCGCUGUCAGCAUGAGAAACUACAUACUCGCGAUAGAAAUAUUGGAGGAACUAUGCAGGAUGCCCGACUGGACGGCGGAGCAAAUAGGUAUAUUCAGAUCGGCCAUAGGAAGGGUACAUUUGUUUCUCGGCGACGUUACAGCGGCGGAAAGAUAUUUAGUUCGUCUCGCCUAUCUUCACAAGGAGGACAAGCCGAUGAGCGUUAGGGAACUAGUGGACAGCGGCCUGAUAGCGGUUGCGGAGAACGCUUUUCAAGAGGCCUACAACUGUUUCCAGUACGCGUCGACGAUGGAUCCGUCCAACGUGAUGUUGACUAACAAUAUGGCAGUCUGUUUAUUGUACACCGGUCAGCUAAAAGCGGCCGUAUCGUUAUUUGAAAGCAUCGUUAACAGAAAUCCAUUGAAGAGUCUGCAAGAGCCGAUUUUACUGAACAUGUGCACGUCAUAUGAAUUACACACGACACAUUGCAAGCAACCGAAGUUGCAUUUGUUGCGGCAGCUGAAUAGAUACAAGGGCGACGCAGCCGACAUUCAAUGUCUAAAACUAGCGAUGUAACGUUAGUCGUGAAUUGUCAUUGUUAACACAUUGUGAUCUGAGCCUGCUAUUUUUAUUAAUUAUAAAAUAUAAUUAUAUAUAUAAUUUUAAUUUUAUUUAAUUAAUUUAAAGAUACAAUUUAAUUUGUAAAGAAUUUAUAGUAAUACCAAAAUCGGAGGAUUCAGUGUAAGCGGUGCGAGUAUCGGAGGAUUCAGUGUAAGCGGUGCGAGUAUCGGAGGAUUCAGUGUAAGCGGUGCGAGUUUUUUAAAAUUUAAUCUAAAUCAAAUUCUGUUGUCUUUAACACACUGUCUCAAAAAUUAGGAAAAAAUUAAGUCUUUAUUUCUACUUUUUCUAAAACUAAUUUUCCUAUUUAUAUUUGGAAACCACUGAUUUAAAAAACAAUUACAAAUUUCUUGGUGUAUUGUACUUUUUAGUAUAACUGCUCGUGAUAUACUUGAGAAUUGGAUCACAAAGUGUUAAACCUCAGGGAAGAAGUAAAUGUGAUAUUAAUAAGAAUAAAAAUAUGUUUUGUUAAGUAAUCUCUGAAUUUUUUUUCGCUUUUAUUCUCAUGUCAUAUCGUUAAUAUAUAAUGUGUCAUUUAUUACGUUGUACCAACGUCUCUGUUUCUGUGCUUGAAUCAAUUAUGGAAAGUAUAAAUGAUUGCACAUCCCGAAUUUCCCUCCCAGGGUCGUCGAUUACAUUAAGAAAUACAACAGCGGGGCAUCAAAGUAAAAUAGCCUUUAUUACAUCGUGAAACGAGGACAAUUUAACGAAUGUUCAACAAUUGCUAUAGUUUUCUCUCCACUUCACACUCUCUCUCCCUCGCUCUAUUUCUCUUCUUUAUUUUUUGUUUUCGCUCACACGUGUCGCUGAACACGUGCAGUUUACGCGCACGGUCUUUCCUCUUCCAGUUUACCAGUUUCCCCGCUUUUUUAUUACGUUCUUUUUUUUUAAUUGAAAGAAUACGGGUUGUGU